AUGACAACUCCGCCUUCAAAAUCCUCCUUCACAAUGCUCUCUACAAAACUGCCACUACACAGGCCAUCAGCAGUUUCUUCUCCGACCAAAUUCCGAACGAGAAUGUCGAUUUCGGGAGAACCGAAGCAUUUCGUGGCUGUGCACGGAGUCGGUCACGGUGCGUGGGUCUACUACAAGCUCAAGCCGCGCAUCGAGGCCACCGGCCACCGGUUCACGCCGCUCAGCCUGGCGGCCGCGGGCAAUAGCCCCAAGAAGCUGGAGGAGGUCCGGUCGCUGCACGACUACACCGAGCCGCUGCUCGAAUUCCUGGACUCGGUCCCCGAGGGCGAAAAGGUAAUUUUGAUAGGGCACAGCGGAGGAGGAUACGCGGCCGCCUACGGAAUGGAGAAACACCCGGGAAAGAUCUCGGUGGCCAUCUUCUUGAACGCCCUCAUGCCCGACACCAAGAAUCGGCCGUCCUAUGUCAUCGACGAGUAUCUCACGAGGACUCCACCGGAAGCGUGGAUGGACACCCAAUUCCCGAGCUACGGAGAGCCACCGAUAACGGCAUUGGUCGUGGGGCCCAAGUUCAUAUCCGAGUCACUCUACAACCUAUCCCCGAUCGAGGAUCAAGUACUAGGGCACCUUUCGGUGAGGCCCGGGUCGCUAUUCAUGGAGGAUUUGGCUACGAUGGACAAGUUUUCGGAGGAGGGUUUUGGUUCCGUGCCGCGGGUGUACGUGAUAGCAGCCAACGACAAGACGAUACCGCCCGAGUUCCAGAGGUGGCAGAUAGAGAACAACCCGGUGAAGGAGGUGAAGGAGAUCAGAGGUGCCGACCAUAUGCCCAUGUUUACACAGCCAGAUGCCCUCUGCACCUGCCUCGUUGAGAUUGCCGAGAAACAUGCCUAA